AGCAGUACACGCGGAGCUACCGAGAGCAAGAAGCCGACAGCAAGUGAGCUGAGCGCAGGGGACGGACGCGACGAUGCUGGUGGUGGUGACCGCGAGCCCCGGCGGGCCGGAGGCGCUGCAGGUGCAUGAGGUCGAGGACCUCCCGACGCCGGGGGACGGCGAGGUGCUUGUCGUUGUCGGGGUGGCCGCCGUCGGCGUCAAUCGCGGCGACACGGUCCAGUGGCAGGGCCGGUACCCGCCGCCGGCCGGCGCCUCGCCUUACCCGGGGCUCGAGUGCUCCGGCACCAUAGUCGCUCUCGGGGCCGCGCUGGGCCGUCGGUACCAGGUGUGCGCGCUGCCUGCUUACCGGCGGGGGGUAUGCAGAGAAGGUGGUGGUUCCGGCAGGGCAGCUGCUCCCGGUGAUGGAGGGGGUGUCGCUGACUGACAGCCGCCAGCUUGCCCGAGGUGGCCUGCCACCAUUUUCAUGCCACUCACCUCUCCCUCGGUGAAUCCUUCCUUGUAAGAAAAUCUCUGUUGCUAAUUUGUUCUGCUUGUGAUGAUUGCAAACGGCUAGCAAUUCACCCCUCUUGCUUCUUCCUUGGAGUGGGACUGACUGGCUGUAAAUCUCUUACACUGAGCACCUGAGCUGGAAUGUCAGAUAUCUUUUGUUAGAACAACAUGCCUCGACUAACUGAGAAAUAGCCAAGUAAAGAGGAAUUGUGCUUACUCAAAUGGAGUGCAAACAGAAUUCGCUAUACAGAAUUCAAAGCACUUUGCCAUGGUGGAUCAAGUGGAAUCGGUACAUUCGCUAUACAGAAUUCAAAGCACUUUGCAAAUGUACACAUGAGACAUUAUUCUUUGUAAGUAACAGUAGCAGCAAAAAUUUGCUAGUUCUAAAUUUGAAGGUUGCAAGUGUACACAUUCAAAUACACCGAUUCAUGUGUUAACGUUAAAGAGGCAACAUCUCUACUGCUCUAGGAGGCACUUUUGAGUGUCUGCAUCAACCUUUAGGAAUUGCAGCUGGGCUGCAGAAGAGCUAAAUAACAAACCACCAACUCCAUAUAUCUAUUGUGAAGAUACGUAUAAUAAGCAGAGACAAUUUUUGACAUUAGACAAUUUUUGACAUUUUACAUUCAUACAUCAACACAAAUUGAUGUAUAUACUAUCGCUGUUAUGUAGCCAUGGCCAUAAUACAAAACUACGAUGCAUAAAAAACUGAGGUUCGUCAUUUAUAUUCCAAGAUUUGAGAAUAAAAAGACCAAUUUACACAAAAGUUCACUGGGAUGAAUUUAUAAAAUUAGCUGGGAAUUACUACAGUUUGUCUACAAUUUAUAAAACUGUAGUGCUAAGUUUCAUUUUGUUCCAAACAGUGUGCCAAUUCACAUGGACCAAGCUUAUAUGUGGUACUUCCAACCCACAAACUAAACAGAUUUCUUAGUUCAGAUCAUACUUUUAUGUAGGAAAAGGCUAGGGCGGCCCUUAAUUAAGAACCCUAACCAAUGCUGCUUUGUUUUUACAACUUUCAUUGUUUCUAACAUCCAAAUCAAACUGUUGUUACACACAUGUUUGCUGUAUAGAUGCACUAAAAAAA